AUGGCAGGAGGAGUCAGCAAAGCAGUUUUAAAUGCAAUGGACAUUGGAGCAAACAGUUUUGCUCUCUUUUUGAAAUCUCCUCGUAGGUGGGAGUCGCCACCUAUCAAAGAAGAGGAGGCUGUAGAAUUCAAGCGGUUGUGUGAAAAAUACGGAUACAAUCCAAGAACUGAUGUAUUGCCACAUGGCUCAUAUUUCAUAAAUUUAGCUACUCCAGACGCCGAGAAGGAGGAAAAGGCUUAUGGAGGGUUCAUCGAUGACCUUCACCGUUGUGAGAAGCUCGACAUUGGACUAUACAACUUCCAUCCCGGAUCCAGUCUCGAUGGUGAUCAUAAAGUUGCUAUCAAGCAGCUUGCUAAGAACAUCAAUAGAGCUAUUUCAGAAACCAAAUUUGUUAAGAUCGUGAUUGAAAACAUGGCUGGCCAUGGUAAUCUCAUUGGCUCAGAUCUACAGGAUAUUCGCGACGUGAUCGACAUGGUCGAAGACAAGUCCCGUGUUGGUGUGUGUAUUGACACCUGCCAUACUUUUGCUGCUGGGUACGAUAUUGCUGAUACUGAGAAGUGGGAGGCGUUCUGGAAACAGUUCGAGGACAUUGUUGGAUGGGAGCAUCUCAGCGCCAUUCAUCUCAAUGAUUCAAAAGCGCCUCUUGGUGCCAACAGAGAUUUGCAUCAAAGCUUGGGGCAAGGGUUCCUAGGACUCGAAGUAUUUAGAAUCAUUGCCAACGACGAGCGCCUUCAAAACAUCCCCAUAAUCCUAGAAACCCCGGUUGGGAAAGACGACCUGAUUUAUGGUGAAGAAAUUAAGCUCUUGGAGUGGUUGAAAGACAAGAAGGCGGAUGAUGCUGACUUUGUUGAAAAGGCCGCUGAGUUGCAGAGCCUUGGCUCGAAAGACCGGGCUGAGCAACUCAAAAAGCAGCAAACCAAAAAGGAGAAGGCUACAAAAGCUCCAAAGAGAAAAAAGAACGGAAGUGAUAUCCUGUCGCUUUUGGCAAAGAAACCAAAGACCGAGUCAUGA